AUGGCUACUGAACCUUUCGGCGAUCAUGUGUCCAUUGUGGUGUUUGGCGCCUCUGGAGAUCUUGCCAAAAAGAAAACGUUUCCUGCUCUCUUUGGUUUGUACAGAGAGGGCGAAUUGCCAUCGACAGUGAACAUCAUUGGAUAUGCUAGAUCGCAAUUGACCACCGAAGACUUGAGGGAAAGAAUCAAGUUGUAUUUGAAGACGGACGAGAAAUCAAAGAGUAAAAUUGAUGGCUUUUUGCUGUUGAUCCAUUACAUCUCUGGUCCGUACGACAAGCCAGAAGGUUUUGAGAAGCUUAACAAGGCCAUUGAGGAAUAUGAUGCCAAAAACAAUAUCACCAGCUCCGAAAGAUUGUUUUACUUGGCCUUGCCUCCUUCUGUUUUCACCACAGUGGGUUCUCACAUCAAGGAGCAAUGUUACCCUAAGGAUGGUAAAAUGAGACUUAUCGUCGAAAAGCCUUUCGGUCACGACUUGGAUUCUUCUAGAAAAUUGCAAAAGGACUUGGCCCCUCUCUUUUCUGAAGAUGAAUUGUACAGAAUUGACCACUAUUUGGGUAAGGAGAUGGUCAAGAACUUGUUGGUUUUAAGAUUCGGUAACGAGUUGUUAUCGGGCUCAUGGAACAAUAAGCACAUUGCGUCCAUUCAAGUCUCUUUCAAAGAAGCGUUCGGUACCGAAGGAAGAGGCGGCUACUUUGAUGAGAUUGGUAUUGUCAGAGAUGUGAUGCAAAACCACUUGUUGCAAGUGUUGACUCUUUUGACUAUGGAAAGACCUGUCUCCUUUGACCCAGAGGCAGUCAGAGACGAAAAGGUGAAGGUUCUUAAGGCCUUUGGUAAGAUCGAACCAUCAGAUAUCUUGUUAGGCCAAUACGGAAAGUCUGAAGAUGGAUCUAAGCCAGGCUACUUGGAUGACGAAACCGUCAAGAAGGACUCCAAGUGUGUCACUUACUGUGCCAUGGGCCUUAAAAUCUUCAAUGAAAGAUGGGAUGGUGUCCCAAUUGUUUUGAGAGCCGGUAAAGCUUUGAACGAAAGUAAGGUGGAAAUCAGAAUUCAGUUCAAGCAAGUGGCCAAAGGCAUUUUCAGAGAAAUCCAACGAAACGAAUUGGUCAUCAGAGUGCAGCCCAACGAAUCCGUGUACUUGAAGAUCAACUCCAAGAUUCCCGGUAUUUCCACCGAGACAUCUUUGACUGAAUUGGACUUAACAUACGCCAACAGAUAUUCGAAGGAUUUCUGGAUCCCAGAAGCAUACGAAGCUUUGAUCAGAGACUGCUACUUGGGAAACCACGCCAACUUUGUCAGAGACGAUGAGUUGGAUGUUUCUUGGCAAUUGUUCACUCCUUUAUUGGAGUACAUUGAGUCCGACAAGGCGCCAGCUCCUGAGAUUUAUCCAUACGGCUCCAAGGGUCCAAAGAAUUUGAGAAAAUUCUUAUCUGAUCAUGGGUACAUUUUCAACCACGAUGGCUCGUACCAGUGGCCAUUGACUACCCCAGAUGUUAAGGGUAAAAUGUAA